GUUUUCUGGAAUUCGUUAAAAAGGCCACAGGACGGGCCCCUCAUUGUCUGCUCGGCGCCGGGACAUGUGGCUCUGCUCUGCCAGUGAAUCAGACGCCAUUUGCUUUUGAGUCAAGAUGAUUUGAUGCUUUCUAAUAAAACUCAUUAACCAUGAUGGCUACACAGACAUUAAGCAUAGACAGCUAUCAAGAUGGGCAACAAAUGCAAGUAGUAACAGAGUUAAAAACCGAGCAAGACCCCAACUGCUCUGAACCGGAUGUGGAAGGAGUGAGCCCUCCGCCUGUGGGGUCCCAGACGCCCAUGGAUGCUGACAAGCAGGCCAUUUAUAGGCAUCCACUAUUUCCAUUAUUAGCCUUGUUGUUUGAAAAAUGUGAACAGUCCACGCAGGGCUCGGAAGGCACAACUUCUGCCAGUUUCGAUGUGGACAUUGAAACUUUUGUAAGGAAGCAAGAGAAGGAAGGAAAACCCUUCUUUUGUGAAGACCCAGAAACUGACAACUUAAUGGUAAAAGCAAUCCAGGUUUUGCGUAUUCAUCUUCUUGAGCUGGAAAAGGUUAAUGAACUCUGCAAAGACUUCUGCAGCCGAUACAUUGCUUGUCUAAAAACGAAAAUGAACAGUGAGACUCUCCUGAGUGGAGACCCUGGAAGCCCGUACUCCCCUGUCCAGUCCCAGCAGAUUCAAAGUGCCAUUGCAGGCACGCUCAGCCCCCAGGGGAUCGUGGUGCCAGCUUCCGCACUGCAACAGGGAAACGUGACCAUGGCAACUGUGGCAGGUGGCACAGUUUAUCAGCCUGUCACGGUUGUGACUCCUCAAGGUCAAGUAGUGACGCAGGCGUUGUCACCUGGGACGAUAAGAAUCCAGAACUCGCAGGUGUGCGCCGUCGUGACGAUCACCACGCCCGUGAGCAUGAAUGUGGACAGCCUCCAGUCUCUGUCCUCGGACGGGGCCACCCUGGCGGUGCAGCAAGUCAUGAUGGCGGAGCAGAGCGAGGACGAGUCGACCACACUCUGUGGUCAAGAUGGAGCCAGCGACCGCGUGCGCUAA